AAAUUCCUAAUCAGCCUGCGGGUUGGUGGUUUCUGAAUCCUGAGACUUGAAACCAGGCAGGUAGACCCUCUUUCAUCUUAAGAAGAUGACAGCUCACCGAGAGUUAACUUCUGUUUACAUGGAACUCAGGAGUCUCCUGCAAAUCAGGAUCUCAAGGCCAGAGAAUGGCAGGUGAACAGAAGCCCUCAAGUAACCUCCUGGAGCAGUUUAUUUUGCUAGCCAAAGGUACCAGUGGCUCAGCCCUGACUGCUCUCAUAAGCCAGGUGUUGGAGGCUCCCGGAGUGUAUGUGUUUGGAGAACUGCUGGAGCUGGCCAAUGUGCAGGAGCUUGCAGAAGGAACCAAUGCUGCUUAUUUGCAGUUGCUGAAUCUCUUUGCCUAUGGAACAUACCCAGAUUACAUAGCCAACAAGGAGAGCCUGCCGGAACUGAGCACAGCUCAGCAGAACAAGCUGAAGCAUCUUACCAUCGUGAGUUUGGCAUCGAGAAUGAAGUGUAUCCCUUACUCUGUGCUGCUGAAGGAUUUGGAGAUGAGGAAUCUCCGAGAACUAGAAGACCUCAUCAUUGAGGCUGUCUACACUGACAUCAUCCAGGGCAAGCUGGACCAACGAAACCAGCUGCUAGAAGUGGAUUUCUGCAUUGGCCGUGACAUCAGAAAGAAGGAUAUCAAUAAUAUUGUCAAGACCUUGCAUGAAUGGUGUGAUGGCUGUGAAGCAGUUCUUCUUGGCAUCGAGCAGCAGGUUUUGAGAGCCAAUCAGUACAAAGAGAGCCACCACCGGACUCAGCAGCAGGUGGAAGCAGAGGUUACCAACAUCAAGAAGACGCUCAAAGCUACCGCAUCCUCCUCAGCUCAGGAAAUGGAGCAGCAGCUGGCAGAACGGGAGUGUCCCCCUCAUGCUGAGCAGAGGCAACCCACCAAGAAGAUGUCCAAAGUGAAAGGUCUGGUCUCCAGCCGCCACUAGGGCCGGCUGGGGCAGCUGGCACUCACCAGGCCUGGGUCAGGUGGGGAGGGGAUCCCAAGGGCCUAUUUCCUCUCCUCUUUACCCUUCAGUGAGUUCCAGACCUGCCCAUCCCCUUACCACCCAUUGGUACCAUUCCAGAAAAAUGGCUCUCCUCCUUCCCUAGUUGUACCCUUCAGACUCAGGGGCUCCAUGGACGCCAUCCCAACAGGGUCCGACACUGCCCAGCUUCCCUUCCGGAGGAUUUUGUCUCUGUGUGGGCUUGUCUCCCUCCCAGUUGUUCUUUUGCUCCAUGUCAUUUUGUCAGGCUGGUCCUAAGCUGGAAGCAGCUUUACUCAGCCCCAGGGAUGACUGUGGAGAAGGCUCCUCUCUGAGCAAGGAGGGGUCUUCCUUCUCCAGCCCCAUGUACCACAGUACCCACAAUGGUGCAGACAUCUCUAGCCAGGUAGCCACAUGCUUUGUUCCCCCUCUCCUGCCUUACGCCCUUUGGCAGCGCCAGUUCAGGCCAUGGAGGGAUGUGAUGCUGGGCUAUGUUUACUAAACCUGCGGGUUUUCAGCCUCUUAAGCCCAGCUCGGAUCUCUCACCAAGUUGGGAACACUGGGCUAACUAACCUCGGGUGUCUGAGCAGAGAUGGAGGGUACUUGGGGCCUGCUGGGUAGCAGAUGCUGGUUCACCCAGCUUCAUGUCCUCUGCUGGUCACUCUUCCUUUUGUCUCCAGCUGCUCAGCCUCAAUUGGCAUGUAGGCCCAGCUGCCCACUGGGGCUGUCCUCCUACAUUUGCUUUCCCAAGAUCUUGCCAGCCUCUUGGCUGCCCCUACAGUGGGGAUGGAAGUGCCCAGGUCCCUCAGUCUGGUGAAGGAUCGUUGCUGCUUCUGUCUCUUCCUUCCCACCCCUCCACGGCUGGUGACCCAGAGCCCUUUGAUGACACCAUACUCCUGGCCAGAGAAAAGGACUUGACUAGACUUUCUGAACUUGAACAGUUUCAGAUUAUAUUUUAAUUUUUUUUUUUGUACAGGUUGAUUCUAAUACAUUUCAACAUGCUUUUUUCUCCCCUUGUGUCACUAUUUGUUACAGACUAAUCGCCGGGGAUUUUUCACCUGGUUGGAGGGUGGCGCGUGCGUGCGUGUGUGUGUGUGUGUGUGUGUGUGUGUGUGUGUGUGUGUGUGUGAAUAAGGGAAGGUGGAGGUCCUGGACCUAUUUGAAGCUUCAUUAAGGAAAAAGCACAUUUUAGAACAAAGAGAGAAAAAAAGUAGAUUUGCUGCAUGUGACUGGAGUGUGAAGCUGCACAGCUGGGUUUGGAGGGGCAGGAAUUAGGGUGGCUUGCAAAAUGUGCUGCUCUGCAGUACCGUGGUUAUCAGUGGGUUUUUCUUCUAUAUCCAGCAACUGCCAGCUGUCAAUCCAAUGUUAACGUGUUCUUGUUUCCUUUCCAUGCUGGUUCAUGUGCCCGUGUUAUGCUGUGCCCAGUCAGAUUUAAGGUGGAUUCUCAAAGUGUGGUUCAUGAGUACUCUGGUCAGAUGGUCUAUGGAAAAGGGAUUCUGUUAUUAAAUAAAUGUGGCACUCCCUGCA